AUGUCCAAUUCUUCCUCUACUUGGCUCCGACUCUUUUCCAGAAUCCGAUGUUUCCUCUUCUUUAAGACAUCCUCCUCCUCCUCGGCCAAAACACAAUCAUCUGAUCAUUAUCCCUUCGAUAAGUCAAGUGACAUCAUGAAGAACAACAACAAUUACGAUCAAAAAGAAAAAGAAGAAGAUAGUUUGAUUAUAACUUUGCAUAGGUCCGUCAAGAAUCUCCAUUUCGGUAACUCGGAAGAGAAGGAAUCCGCCGCCAAGGAAAUGAAGAUAUUGGCUCGACACAACCCAAAAAUGCGGCGAUCAAUGGUGGAGCUCGGAGUUAUUCCGCCGCUGGUGGCCAUGCUGGGAUCGGAGCAGGUGCUUUCCCGGCGGAAACUAGCAGUCCAAGUGUUGCUUGAACUCGCCAAUGGAAUUUACACGAACAAGGCACAAAUGGUGGAAGCAGGAAUUCUGUCGAAAAUACCCGAAAGCGUCGAAGAAUUGGACUUAACAACAAGUAACGAAUUCGCAGAACUUCUCCUAUCAAUCUCAUCACUUGCCCACUGCCAAUUCCCAAACCUAACAGCAUCAAGAACCAUCCCCUUCCUUGUUUCAAUUCUCAAGUCCAAUUCAAUACCAAUCGAGACUAAAGAACUCUGCUUAGCCGCACUAUACAACCUCUCAACCCUCUUAAAAAACGCAAGGGAUUUAAUCACCGACGGUGUUGCCAACGUUCUUGUCCAAUUCUCAUUCGUAAAAGAAACCUCAGAGAAAGCACUAGCCAUAUUAGGAAACUUGGUGGCCACGGUAUCAGGAAACAAGGCAAUGGAGAAUAAUCCAACUGUGCCAGAGAGUUUCAUCGAGAUCUUAACGUGGGAAGAUCAGCCAAAAUGCCAAGAGCUAGCCGUUUACAUUCUGAUGAUCUUGGCCCAUCAAAGCCCUAUCCAUAGGCUUAAAAUGGUUAAGGCUGGGAUUGUGCCGGUUCUAUUGGGAGUGGCGUUGCUUGGGAGUCCUUUAGCUCAGAAGAGAGCUUCGAAAAUGCUUCAAUGGUUUAAGGACGAGAGACAGGUAAGAAUGGGUCCUCAUUCUGGGCCGCAGAUGGGUGGGAGUUGUAUAGCCAUUGGUUCGCCGAUGAAUCCAAGGGAGGCGAGUGAGGGAAAGAAGAUGAUGAGAAUGUUGGUGAAACAGAGUCUUUGUAAGAAUAUGGAGACGAUUGUCAGACGAGCGGGUGAGGCACAGGUUUCUUCGUCUUAUAAGACCAUGAAUGUUUACUCGAGCUCUAAGAGUUUCCCUUAUUGA